AUGACUGAAUCUAUUCCACAUAAUGAUUGGUUAAUUACGGAGGAAUCGGAAGAAUAUCUAGUCCAGCAACUGAGAAUUUUGAAAAUUCUGCUUUCCAAACGGUUGAAUCAGGAAUAUAUUGAAGACGACGAAACCAGGAGCGCAAAUGAUGGUCGUUUAAAUCGUUCGAAUGCUUUACUAGAGACAACAUAUCGAGAAAUUACAUUAAACGAGUCUGAAGAAUACAUUCAAUUUCAAAUUGAAUCAAUUCGGGACCGCCUCAGUGUUUUCAACAAUCGUCAAAACAAUCAGAACCGGCCAUAUACUCCCUGGAUUCAAUUUACUACACGCUCACCAAGAAAAACAAUCCAACGUGUUGCAUACAAUAAAUAUCUUUAUGAAGCAAAAAAGACGGUGCUCACGAAACUAAUUGGAAAUCGUGGUUCGAAUAUAUCUGUGAAGAAUCUGAAAAUCGAGAUUCACAAUCAAAUUCUCCGUUUCCCCGUUGGAACUUUUUUGAAAAUCAAUAAUUUAGAAGUUUUAUGCUGGAAUUCACUUGCAUUUGAACGUUUCAAGGAAGUCAUUCAUCCAUCAUCUCUUCCAAUUCAACAACUGAAAGUUGCAAUUAAUAAUUCUACUGACUAUUUUCAAAACAACAUUGUGAGAGAAGCAAAAAGUUUGAUUAUCUAUAAUGAUCCCAGUGAAAAUGAUUCAUGA